AUGAAAGAUGUGCUCAGCCGCGCCAAUAUCACCGGUCUUGACACCGGCAGAUACAUCGAUAACCUCACAAACGCUGGCACCGGCCUACCAAGAGUAGCCAUCGCCAUCUCCGGUGGAGGCUACCGAGCUUUGAUGAACGGAGCUGGGGCUCUGGCAGCAUUUGACAACAGAUCGACAAAUGCGACGGAAACCGGCCAUCUGGGAGGCCUUUUACAGUCAGCCACGUAUCUUAGCGGUCUUUCCGGCGGAAGCUGGCUCGUCGGUAGUCUUUACGUUCAGAACUUUACGUCGGUCGAAUCCAUCAUCUUUGCUACAGAUGGAUUUCUCAGUACCAUUUGGCAAUUCGAUCACUCCAUCCUCAACGGACCCGAUGGUCUUUCUAUCACGAGAUAUUACCGACAACUGUUUGAUGAUGUUGACGAUCCGAGUGACGGAGGACCUGCGUUCACCUUUUCAUCUAUAUCAAAUGAUACAGACUUUGUAUCGGCUCAAACUCCACUGCCGUUGAUCGUCGCCAUUGAGAGAACUUCAGGGCAGCUCCAGAUAGCCAGUAACUCGACAGUCUUCGAGUUCAACCCUUGGGAAAUGGGAUCGUACGACCCUGGUCUCGAAGCCUUUGCACCGCUUCAAUUCGUCGGCUCCAACUUCACUAAUGGCACUAUUCCACGUAACGGAAGUUGCAUCGCGGGGGUCGACAAUGCUGGCUUUGUCAUGGGCACCUCAUCUUCUCUAUUUAACCAGGCAUUCUUACAAAUUGGAAGGGUAGAGGGUGUGCCAGAAUUCUUGAUUAGCGCAAUAAAUCGCACGCUGGCAAACGUUGGCUCAGAAAACAGAGACAUUGCGAACUGGCCGAAUCCGUUCUUCAGAUACAACUCCAGCGGAAAUUUGAAUGCUAAUUCCACGGUUCUGGCUCUCGUAGAUGGUGGAGAGGACUUACAAAACAUCCCCUUGCAUCCGCUGCUUCUGGCCGAACGAGAAGUCGACGUCAUCUUUGCUGUUGAUGGUUCUGCCGAUACAGAAACACUGUGGCCAAAUGGCACUGCCAUGGUGGCAACGUUCAACAGAUCAGAGGCCAGGGUCUCUGCCAACGACAGCAGAUUCCCAGAUGUGCCCGAUCAGAACACCUUUGUCAACUUGGGCCUGAACCAGCGGCCUACCUUUUUCGGCUGUACCAACGGCAGCAACACUCCUCGUGGGCCGCUCAUCGUAUAUAUGCCUAAUGCUCCGUACUCAUUCCAGUCCAACGUUUCAACCUUUGACUUGGAAUACAGUAUUGAGGAGCGCAAUCAGAUCAUCCAGAACGGAUACAAUAUGGCAACCAUGGGCAAUGGCACGGUGGAUUCGAAUUGGCCGGCAUGCAUCGGCUGCGCCAUUUUGGCCCGAAGCCUCGUCCGCACCAGGACUAGGAUUCCUUCAAAGUGUGCAGAUUGCUUUGCGAGAUACUGCUGGAAUGGCACGACCAAUGAUACCUUGCCGAAUACCUAUGAGCCGGCGCAGAUCCUCGCCAACACGACAGAGCAGUCGACGUCUUCGGCUGCUCGGAUAAGCGAGACGCUAUUGCUAGGUUGCUUCGCGUUUAUGCUUGCGAUCUGA